GCGGCCGAGGCGGGGAGACGGCGCGCGGAGGGACUCGGCCGGGCGCCCAUGGCGUUCGCGCUGCUGCGCCCCGUCGGCGCGCACGUGCUGUACCCGGACGUGCGGCUGCUGAGCGAGGACGAGGAGAACCGCAGCGAGAGCGACGCGUCGGACCAGUCGUUUGGCUGCUGCGAAGGCCUGGAGGCGGCGCGGCGCGGCCCUGGCCCCGGGGGCGGGCGACGGGCGGGCGGCGCGGGCCCGGUGGUGGUGGUGCGACAGCGGCAGGCGGCCAAUGCGCGGGAGCGGGACCGCACGCAAAGCGUGAACACGGCCUUCACAGCGCUGCGUACGCUCAUCCCCACCGAGCCGGUGGACCGCAAGUUGUCCAAGAUCGAGACGCUGCGCCUGGCGUCCAGCUACAUCGCUCACCUGGCCAACGUGCUGCUGCUGGGCGACGCAGCCGACGACGGGCAGCCGUGCUUCCGCGCGGCCGGCAGUGCCAAGAGCUCCGUCCCCGCCGCCGCCGCUGCCGACGGCGGCGGCCGCCAGCCACGCUCCAUCUGCACUUUCUGCCUGAGCAACCAGCGCAAGGGGGGCGGCCGGCGUGACCUGGGGGGCACCUGCUUGAAGGUGAGAGGGGUGACCGCUCUUCGAGGACCACGGAGAUGAGUCUGGGCCCCAGCGGUAUUUGCUCCAAGCAGGACCCCAGAGAAGGAAGCCAGGAGCCAGCCAAUGGCUGGAUGGGGAUGAAGACCCCAGGAACCAGAGCCAUGUCUUCUUUGUGAAGGGUCCCGGGGACAGUGGCCUGGGCGCAGGACCCUCUGAGCAGGGCCCCGGGACAUCUCCAACCUACCCUGGAGAGCUUCGAGGACCCGACCCAUUCAGCCCACAGCCCUGGCUGACAAGAGAUAAGACAGAACUUUUGGAGAAACAAAGACUGCUGGUGGCAGAGGGUGUGUGCAUGUCUGUGCAUGAGUGUGUGUGUGUGUGUGUGUGUGUGAGAGAGAGAGAGAGAGA